AUGAAAUAUCAUAUUCAAUUAAUUAAUCAAAAUUCACCUCCACAUGUUCCAAAACUAGAGGAUCCAACCUUAACAGUUGACGAAUAUAUUGAAUUUUGUGUGAAUAACCAAUUCAAAUGUGGAAAUUAUAACAUUCCAAUGGCAUUUCAUGGUGUUGAUGAUAAGUUACCAUUUAGAUACUUAGAUUGA